GGCUUCGGCCCUCUGUCACCUUCCUCCAGCUCCAUCUCUGUUCCGUCGCCCCCCCCUUAAAAUCGGACGCUCCCCUUCGCCUGCGAGAUGGCCCCCAAAAAGCCAGAGCCCAAGAAGGAGCCGCCCAAGCCGGCCCCCGCCCCAGAGCCCGAGGCGCCCAAGGAGCCGGAGAUCGACCUCAAAAGCGUGACCAUUGAGUUCUCAUCAGACCAGAUUGAAGAGUUUAAGGAGGCCUUCAUGCUGUUCGACCAGACUCCCGCGGGUGAGAUGAAGAUCACCUACGCCCAGUGCGGGGACGUCAUCCGGGCCCUGGGUCAGAACCCCACCAACGCCGAGGUCAUGAGGGUUCUAGGAAAACCCAAACCUGAGGAUAUGAACACCAAACUGAUCGACUUCGAGACCUUCCUGCCCAUGCUCCAGCACAUCUCCAAGUCCAAGGACCAGGGCACCAUGGAGGACUUCGUGGAGGGCCUCCGCGUCUUCGACAAGGAGGGCAACGGCACCGUCAUGGGGGCGGAGCUGCGCCACGUGCUCAGCACCCUGGGAGAGAAAAUGGGGGAGAAAGAAGUGGAGCAGCUAUUCGUGGGACAAGAAGACAGCAACGGCUUCAUCAACUAUGAAGCUUUCGUCAAGCACAUCAUGUCCGGCUGAACACACAACGUCAUGGAUUUGGGAUGAAUGUGCAUCUCCACCCCCCCCCCCCCCCCCCCCC